AUGGUGUCGGAGAGGAGGAGCCGGAGCAAAGAGCAGGGAGAGGGCGGCCGUCGGAUUGGGAGUCGGGACUGGAGAUGGAGAAGAGGAGUCGCGGUGCCGUUCUCGCCGGAGAGGAAGAGGAGUCGCACUAUCGCAGAGAGGAAGAGAGGAGUCGCGUGGAGAGGAAGAGAGGAGUCGCGCCGAUUAGGGAUUGUGAAUUUGUGA